GCUAUAAACCUCCCCCAUCUCCCAGCUUCGCCACCCCAAACCGCACCCCUCUCGCUCCUAGGGUUUCUUUCCGCCGCCGCCAUCCAAAAUGGCUGCCGUCGAGGUUCCGACGAACGAUGUCAAGCUCUUCAACCGCUGGUCCUUCGAUGGCGUCGAGGUCCAGGACAUUUCACUCAAUGAUUACAUUGGAGUCAAUCCUGAUAAGCAUGCCACAUACCUUCCUCACACUGCCGGAAGGUAUUCAGCCAAGAGGUUCCGCAAGGCUCAGUGCCCAAUCAUUGAGAGGCUGACCAACUCUCUGAUGAUGCACGGACGCAACAAUGGCAAGAAGCUUAUGGCUGUCCGCAUCAUCCAACACACCAUGGAGAUUAUUCAUCUCUUGACUGAUGCAAACCCUAUCCAAGUUAUUGUUGAUGCCAUCAUAAACAGUGGACCAAGAGAAGAUGCAACUCGGAUUGGAUCUGCUGGUGUUGUUAGAAGGCAGGCUGUUGAUAUUUCUCCUCUGAGGCGUGUCAACCAGGCAAUCUACCUUCUUACCACUGGUGCUAGAGAGAGUGCAUUCAGGAAUGUCAAGACCAUUGCCGAAUGCCUUGCUGAUGAGCUUAUCAAUGCAGCUAAAGGUUCUUCCAACAGCUACGCAAUCAAGAAGAAGGAUGAGAUUGAGCGUGUCGCGAAGGCCAACCGUUAAGCAUGCCUUUUCAAGAGAACAAGGGGGAGCUGGUGAUAAACUUUGGUUACUUCUGUCUGUCUAUCUAGUUUAUUGAGAACUUAGCCCUGCCUGAGAAGAUGUAAGCUCGUGCUGAGGUUUACUGAACUAAGAUUUUGAGUUUAAGUUUGGCUUUAUGCAAACAUUUGUUGUUUUGAUAACAAGCUAUUACACUAUGUGUUAACUAUGUGGUAGUAUCAGCAUGUUGAAUCUGUCCUCCAAACUGUUAAAUCAUGUUCAGCCAAGUGUUCCAGCA